UCUCCAGUUUCUGCGAGCUUUGGAAUCUGCUGGGCCGUCCAAGAAAAUAUGCAUCUCUAUAAUGCUUGGCUUCCGCCCCCUGUUGCUCGAGAUACCACCAAGGAGAAGGAAUCUUUCGCUCUUGUCAUCACUUCUCUCAAGGAUUCUUAUCGCCCUGAUGAUCCUGAAUCUGUAUAUUCCACUCUCAAAUGGGUCUCCGUUAUUGACCUUUUUAUGAAAGCCAAAAGCGAAGUAUCAUUGGAAGAUGUAGCUGCUGUUGUAGAUAUUGGGUUAGAGUUAUUUCAUAUGUCACAAGACAAGCUGUACGCUCAGGUCAGAUGGGGAAAUCUCCUAGUCAGAAUAAUAAACAAGUAUUCAAAGAGGCUAUCCGUGAAAGUUCAGUGGCGACCUUUGUAUGACACUCUUGUGCAUACACAUUUUACUAGGAGCACAGGCCCAGAAGGUUGGAGAUUAAGGCAGCGGCAUUUUGAGGCAAUUACCUCUCUUGUUAGGUCCUGCCGGAGAUUCUUCCCAGCUGGUUCUGCUGCUGAUAUAUGGACAGAGUUCAGAUCUAUGUUGGAAAAUCCUUGGCAUAAUUCAUCCUUUGAAGGUUCUGGUUUUGUCAGACUUUUUCUUCCCACCAAUUUGGACAACCAAGACUUUUUUUCACACAAUUGGAUUGAAGAAUGUAUGCAACACUGGGACUCAAUACCAAAUUGCCAAUUUUGGAACAGUCAGUGGGCAGCCAUUAUAGCUCGCGUUGUCAAAAAUUAUAGUCUUAUAGACUGGGAGUGUUUCUUGCCUACACUUUUCUCUAGAUUCUUAAACAUGUUUGAGGUUCCAGUAGCAAAUGGUAGUGGAUCAUAUCCAUUCUCUGUGGAUGUUCCUCGAAAUACCAGGUUCUUGUUUUCCAAUAAGAUGGGCACCCCAUCUAAAGCCAUUGCAAAAUCAAUCGUAUAUCUUCUAAAACCCGGUAGUUCAGCCUGGCUUCACCUUGAGAAGUUGAUCGACCUUCUUGAACAAUAUUAUCAUCCUUCUAAUGGUGGGCGUUGGACUUAUGUAUUAGAGCGAUUUUUGCUUCAUUUGGUUUUUACAUUCCGGAAACGGCUUCAGUCUGAGCAGAAGGCAGAUGAGAAUAAUCAGAACAAGCUGUAUUUAGGACCAUCAGAAAGAAAAUCUUUUGUCAAUACAAUCUUAAAGUUAAUUGAUCGUGGUCAGUAUAGCAAAAAUGAACAUCUUUCUGAAACAGUUGCAGCUGCAACCUCUAUUUUGUCUUAUGUAGAGCCUUCUUUGGUUCUUCCCUUUGUGGCCUCUCGAUUUCAUAUGGCCUUGGAGACGAUGACUGCUACCCACCAGUUGAAAACUGCUGUUAUGUCAGUAGCAUUUGUUGGGCGUCCAUUAUUUCUGACAUCUUUGUCAGCUUCGGCUGUAAAGCCAGCAGAUAUUGUUGCUGAUGAUGAGUUCGUUAAUCUUCUCAUGGUUUCACUAUCCAAUGCCUUACUUGGUAUGGAUGCUAAUGAUCCUCCUAAAACCCUGGCCACCAUGCAAUUAAUUGGUUCCCUAUUCUCCAAUUUAGCUUCUUUGAAUGAUAACUUAGACGAGCUGUCUAUUAUUCCAAUGAUACGAUUUUCUGAAUGGUUGGAUGAGUUUUUAUGUCGCCUAUUCUCCUUGCUCCUGCACCUGGAACCUAGCAGUGUUCUGAAUGAGGGUCUACAUUCUUCAUCAGCUUCAGGAACUUUUCUGGUCGAUGAUGGGCCUUACUACUACUGUAUGCUUGAAAUCCUGCUUGGAAGGCUUUCAAAACCAUUGUUCACUCAGGCUUUAAAGAAAAUUUCUAAAUUUGUCAAGACAAAUAUUCUUCCCGGAGCAGUUGCAGAGGUUGGACUUCUUUGUUGUGCAUGUGUUCAUUCUGACCCAGAAGAGGCAGUUGCUCAACUUGUUGAGCCAGUUUUGUCAUCUGCCAUAUCCUCUAUGAAAGGGAUGCCAAAUACAGGAUUUGGAGGGCAAGGAAAAUCGAAGGGAAAACCGGCGCUUUCUCCAGCUCUUGAAACUGCAAUUGACUAUCAGUUGAAGAUGUUAUCUGUAGCCRUGAGCUAUGGAGGCCCGACACUACUUCCUUAUAAAGAAAAAUUCAAGGAAGCUAUUUGUUGUGGUUUUGAGUCUCCAUCGUGGAAGGUGAAUGGGGCUGCUGAUCAUCUUCUUAGGUCUCUCCUAGGGAGUUUGAUUCUCUAUUAUCCUAUUGAUCAGUACAAAUGUGCUGUACGUCAUCCUGAUGCUUCGGCAUUAGAGGAAUGGAUCAGUACAAAAGACUACUCAAAUGAUGAAUCACCAUUAGUGAUCCCCAAGUGGCACAUUCCAAAUGAUGAAGAGAUUCAGUUUGCAAAUGAAUUAUUGGAUCUUCAUUUUCAAUCAGCUUUGGAUGAUCUAUUACAAAUAUGUGAAGGCAAAAUUCAUGCUGAUCCAGGAGAUGAGAAAGAUCACUUGAAAGUGAUUCUGUUGCGCAUUGAUUCUUCAUUGCAAGGUGUAUUGUCUUGCUUGCCUGAUUUCGUUCCAUCCUUAAGAAAUGGGAAGGUUGGGAAUCCAGUUCAUUCUUUCUUCAUUGCUGGGGSAUCAGGUCCAAGUGUUGGCAGCACUAAAUUAAGGGAAAAAGCUGCAGAUAUUAUACAUGCAGCCUGCAGGUAUUUGCUGGAAAAAAAAGCUGAUGAUAGUGUUUUAUUGAUACUCAUUAUUCGCAUAAUGGAUGCUUUAGGAAACUAUGGUAGUCUGGAAUAUGAUGAAUGGUCCAACCAUAGGCAUGCUUGGAAGUUGGAAUCUGCUGCUAUUAUUGAGCCUCCUACAAAUUUUAUCAUGUCCACUCGUUCUAAAGGCAAGAAAAGGCCAAGGUGGGCACUUAUUGAUAAAGCAUACAUGCACAGUACGUGGAGAUCAUCACAAUCAUCCUAUCAUUUAUACCGAGUUGGUGGAAAUUUCUGUCCACCAGAGCAUGUGAUUCUUCUGGUGGAUGAUCUUUUAAAUCUCGCUUUGCACAGUUAUGAGACUGUUCGUGUACUUGCUGGAAAGUCUCUUAUGAAGUUGCUAAAGAGAUGGCCAUCUAUGAUUUCGAAGUGUGUUCUCUCUCUUUCUGAGAAUUUAAGGAACCCUGACUCACCUGAAAAUGCUGUACUAGGGUCCUGUGCAAUCCUUGCCACCCAAACAGUUCUGAAGCAUAUGACAGUGGAUUCGAAGUCAUUCUCUUCAUUUAUUUUUGGAAUUCUUUCAAGCUCCCAUCAUGAAUCACUGAAAGCCCAGAAAGCAAUCAAUGAGCUAUUUGUCAAAUUUAACAUUCACUUUGCUGGAGUAUCUAAGAGCAUUUUCCUAACAUCAGAGAAACAAAUGGGUGACGUCGAUUUUGCAGAUUUGGUUUCUCAGCUCAGUUCAAUGAGUUUUGAUUCUACCAGCUUACACUGGCGGUAUAAUUUGAUGGCUAACAGAGUUUUGCUUCUAUUGGCAAUGGCAUCUAGGAAUGACCCAAGCUCCUCAAAGAUCCUCAGUGAAACUGCUGGCCACUUCUUGAAAAAUUUAAAAAGUCAUCUACCUCAGACUAGAAUACUUGCAAUCUCAGCCUUGAAUAUUUUAUUGAAAGAAUCACCUUACAAAGUUUCGGAUGACAAGGAACGUGUCUUGCCUGUUGGAAUGCAAUUAGAUUCAAAGUCAUCCCUUGAAGGAGCCUUGACACAAAUUUUUCAGGAAGAAGGAUUUUUCAACGAGACAUUUAAUAGUCUCUCUCACGUUCACAUAAUAACAGAUGUUGAUGGUGCAUCCUCUGGAGGGAACCAUAGAAACUCUUCUUUCCAGAGUCAAGCUGACAAAUCAAUCACCCGUUUUUAUUUUGACUUCUCAGCUUCAUGGCCUCGCACACCUAGCUGGAUAUCAUUGAUAGGAAGUGACACCUUUUACUCAAAUUUUGCUCGGAUUUUCAAACGGUUGGUACAGGAAUGUGGGAUCACUGUUCUGUUCUCACUGAAAAGUACGUUGGAAGAAUUUGCAAAUGCAAGCGAGAGGUCUAAGCAGUGUGUUGCUGCAGAAGCAUUGGCUGGCAUAUUGCAUUCCGACGUCGAUGGCCUUUUAGAUGCUUGGGAAAGCUGGAUAAUGGUCCAGUUGCAGAAUAUCAUUCUGGCACAAUCUGUAGAAUCUAUACCUGAGUGGGCAACUUGCAUUCGUUACGCGGUCACUGGAAAGGGGAAAUAUGGAACAAAAGUCCCUUUCUUAAGGCAACAGAUUCUGGAAUGUUUGGCUACACCUUUGCCUGCAGCAGCAACUACCACUAUUGUGGCCAAACGCUAUGCUUUUCUAUCAGCUUCACUUAUAGAACUAUCCCCUUCAAAAAUGCCAUUGGCUGAAAUAYGCCUACAUAUUAGACUUCUUGAGGAGCUGCUUGGCAAUAUGUGUCAUUCAUCUGCCCAAGUAAGGGAAGCAAUAGGUGUGACUCUUUCCAUUGUUUGCUCGAACAUUCGACUUCAUGCAUCUCGUACUCAUGAUCAUUCACAUGGAGAUGUCGAUGRCGAACUUAAAGAGGAAAGAUGGAUUAAGCUUUUAACCGAACGUGCAACUAAGGCAGUGAAGAAUAUUCACAACUCAAGCCAUUCUAUUAACUUGGACACAUCAAAAGACAUAAAACUUCAAAAUGGACACUCAAAUGUUGAUUCAGAAGAUGAUGUCAAAUGGAUGGAAACGCUAUUCCAUUUUAUCAUAUCGUCAAUGAAGUCRGGAAGGUCUUCUCAUUUGCUAGAUGUUAUCGUUGGUCUGCUAUAUCCUGUAAUCUCCUUGCAGGAAACAUCAAAUAAAGAUUUGUCAACAUUGGCAAAGGCAGCUUUUGAAUUGCUUAAAUGGAGGGUCUUUUGGGAACCCCAUCUGCAGAAGGUUAUAUCUGUAAUUCUCUCUUCAGCUGGCGAUUCUAACUGGAGAACGAGAUCUGCUACGUUGACAUAUCUUCGAUCUUUCAUGUACAGGCACACGUACAUUCUCACAAGUUCAGAGAAACAACAAAUUUGGAGAACUGUUGAGAAGCUUCUUAUAGACAACCAAGUGGAGAUAAGAGAGCAUGCUGCAGCAGUUCUGGCCGGCCUUAUGAAGGGUGGAGAUGAAGAUCUAGCUAGAGACUUCCGCGAGCGAGCGUGUAGGGAAGCGAAUCUUCUCCAAGGAAAGAGAAGAAAAAGAAAUUUGAGUUCUGGUCAGUCGCUAGCUACGGUUCAUGGUGCCGUACUUGCUUUGGCAGCUUCGGUCUUGUCAGCUCCUUAUGAUAUGCCAAGUUGGCUUCCGGAGUGUGUUACAUUACUUGCUCGGUUCAGCGUGGAGCCAUCACCCGUGAAAGUCACUGUAACAAAAGCCAUUGCCGAGUUCCGAAGGACUCACGCCGAUACCUGGAAUAUUCAGAAAGAUUCAUUUAAUGAAGAGCAACUGGAGAUUCUGGCAGAUACAUCCUCUUCAUCAUCAUACUUUGCUUGAUCAAAUAGUGUACUAUUGGGAGGAAAAGAUAUAGCUAAGAAUUUAGUGGGAUGAUAUUCUUGUAUAAAUAUUGUUUAUCAUAUUCUAUUGUAGUCGAACUCAAUAUUUGAGCUGUCUCAGUUCAAAGUUUCAUUGUUUGAGGCUGAGCUGAUAGAAUUUAGUCAGGAAAAUGAAGCAAUUGAUCUCAAGUUUUCCUUUUGGUACAUUCAAUAAUACAGUCUGAAGCAAUUGGUCUUAGGAUCC